ACACAUCAAAACCCCAUAAUCAGCACGCCUCUCUUAUAUCCCUGCCCCCACAUAUCAUAAGAUUAUUCUUAUUGAAUAUCACUAGUACCGAUACUUAAUAGUAUAGUAUGAUAUUAUGAAAAAUAUUAGACACCAAUAAUCCCUUAUAAUAACCCUAUUAAUUCCCCGAGAUUUCUUUCUACACACUACUACUCAUAUAAAUAUAAUAUAAUAUAAUAAAUUAUUAAUAUAUAAUAAAACCAUUAUUUUUCAUUUCACUUUCUCUUCCUCUCCCCCAAAAAUAAAAACCCAUAAAGCCACUUCUUCUCUCAUCAAACCUUCCAGAAACACGUCUAUUGAGCUUACCAAAAUCCCUCUUUCUCUUUCUUUCUCUCUCUCUCUCUCUCUCUCUCUCUCUCUCUCUCUCUCUCUUCAAGUACAAAUAUUAUGGAUACUUCACCACACAAUAUUCGAGAAUUCUACCACCAAACAACGCCUUUCACCGAAAUUAUGUCUCGAACUUCAAAUUCUUUCAAUCUUAACCAAUACGACGACAACGAACACAACGACGUCGUUUUAGACCAACGAUAUCGUCACCCGAAUCAAAACGACAACAACAACAACGAAGAAGAAGAAGAAAUUAUAAUAAUGAAGGAACCUAUGUUCGAGAAGCCUUUGACUCCUAGCGACGUUGGAAAGCUCAACCGACUCGUAAUCCCAAAACAACACGCUGAGAAAUACUUCCCACUCGGUGGCGGUGACUCGGUCGGAGGUGAGAAGGGAUUGUUACUGAGUUUCGAGGACGAGUCCGGCAAGUUCUGGCGUUUCAGGUACUCUUACUGGAACAGUAGUCAAAGCUACGUGUUGACUAAAGGAUGGAGCCGUUACGUUAAGGAGAAGCGUUUGGACGCCGGCGACGUCGUUUUGUUCGAGAGACACUGUACGGAUAACGACCGUUUGUUUAUUGGAUGGAGGCGUCGACAGGCUGCGGCGCAAGAUAGUGCUGCUGCGUUAGCAGCAGCGCACGCUAGCAAUUGUGGUGGUGGUGGUGACGGUUAUAUUAACAAUAUCAAUAAUAAUAAUAAUAAUAAUACAGGGUGGACUAGGAUGUUCUAUUCUGCGCAUCCUUAUCCUACGCACCCUCAUUAUCAACACCACCAUCAGCUCCAACACCAUCCUGUUAUGCCAUACCAUCCUGACUCUAUACAUGCAGGAAUAUCCAGUAAUGUUCCUAACCAAACGACGUCGUCACCGGUUCAUGGAAACUCGAAGAUACUGAGGCUAUUUGGUGUGAACUUAGAGUGUCAUGAGCAACAAUCUGAUGAGAAUGAGCUCGAGCCAUCAACCCCAGAUGGCUCGUCUCUGUCGAGCCAAGGUCCUCCAGCUCACCACCAGUUCUACCCUCCUGCUCAUUAUUCAGAUCACAUGGAUUUCACUUUCUCCCGAGAUGUCAAACCCAUGAGAAAUGAUCGAGGAUAAAGAUCUGUGGAUGUGACGUCCAUGGAUUGACUAAUACUUUUUUUUGAACCCACUUGGAAUUUCCCCACCCAAAAAAAUAAAAAAAAAAAUUAAAUGUACAUCUUUAAAAGAAAAAAAAUUUACAUAUUAAUAUAUAUUUAUAUAGAUAGAAAAUCCCAGAUUUUAAGGGUAUGAAGUUUGAUGAGAGCCAGGUGAUAUGGGAAACCAAAGGUCCAAAAGGGAAGACUGAGAAGAAGAGGUGGAGUACUGGAGUGGAGUGGUGGAAGGGGAAAAGGACUAUUGUAAGGAGAGAAUUGAAGAAAGAAAAAAUGGGUCCCACACAAGAAGAUAGAAUGAAAAAACUAGGCUGACGUCAUCCAAUAGAAAAUAGGGGAAAUUUGGUUCAUUGAAAAAAAAAUAUAUAUAGAGAGAGGAAUGUGGAAUCUGGAUUUUGUAACUGCUGAGAUUCUGUCACAAGAUUUUUCAUGGGAGCUCAUUAUAAAUAAUGGGAAGGAAGAAAAAGAAGAGAAAAGGUAUGGUAUGGUAUGGUAACGGUGGGUGGGUUGUUGGGUGGAUUUGAAUGGAUGGAUGACAGAGUUGUGGAGGUCUUCUUGAUUUGUACUACUCAAGCCCACUCCUCUCUCCCUUUCACCAUUUUUUUUUUGUAAUAUUUAUUUUUGUUUUUGUUUUCUUGUUUAUCUAACUUUUUUCUUGAAAUCCCAUUAGUCAUUUUAGUGUGUUUUUUUUUUUAAUUAUUUAGAUGAAAUGAUAUGAUUAAAAAGGAAUGGAGGUCCUUAUAACACGAUAGAAUAAUGUGAUAGAAAAGGGUAUAAAGAAAUUUACCGAAAACAGUAGUCGUUUUGGUUCAUUGUUAAUAGGGACAAAGCGGUUUAUUCCACGGCUAUAGAGGUUUUUGUAUGUAACUAUGCAUUAAAUUGGAUUCUGUGAAUACAGUAUUUGAAAUAUUAGUA